AUGGCAUUUUUCAAAAAUUUCCAGCAGAAUCUGCCCUCAGUGUCUUCUCUGGUGGACACAAUCAGUAAUGCUGUAGAAGAUUUGACUGCUGCUGUUGGAGAAGUCAGCUAUGCUUUCACUGACUCAGUGGCUGAACAGGUAACCAGUAUGAUCAGUGGCUUCCGCCCAGAAGAAGAAAGCUCUGCAGUAGCAGAAGCUGUAGAUACUGCUAAGCCAGCAACUGCCACGUCACCACAAGUCUCCAAAGACAAUAAUUGUCAGAAAACACAGUCUAGUUUAGAGCACAGAGCAAAUCAGAUCAGUUGUUACAAUACUUCAGUUUCACAAAAGCAAGAGCAAGGGAUAAACGAAGAAAGAAUUUUUAAACGUGUUAAUGACAGGCAACAGACUCUGUCCAAAUACCAAGAAAGUAACAAUGCUGGUGGUGAUUCUUCUUUGAAAGGGCACUUGAGUGAUGGAGGGGUAUCAAUUAUCAAACAGAAUGCAAGGGCUAUCCCUGCUUGUCAAGAACUUGAAAGUACUGACAGAUAUAAAAAAAAUGGAUCAGGAAUUCCUGAUGAUGGUAAGAAUAAUUUAAAGGAGGUAAGAGUUCAAGAAAUGAAAGAAAAUCAUUUAAAGAAGACUGAAAAAUGUAUUAAAAGUAAAGGACCCAAAGGGAAUGAGUGGUCAGGAAAUGAGUGUUCUCCAAAAGGUAUUUUGGCAAGCAACAGACAUGCAAUACAGAAACCCAUCGUGAAAGAAGACAUAUAUCCAGCACCAUCAGCAAAUUCCGAAGAUAAGUUACACGGAAAACACAAAGAACAAAUAAAUCCAACAACGUGUUACAAAGUGAAAGGAGACAUAAAAACAAAGCAAAAUGAAGCCAUUUCUGCCAACAAAGGAACAGCAAAGAGUAAAGAUGAAAAAUAUUCUAAGAUAAUACCAAGAAAAGAUAAUUCCUACAUGGACAAAGAUGAGCACGGUUCAUCCUCUGAAAGUGAAGAUGAAGCUCUGGGUAAAUACCAUGAGGCCUUGUCCAGAACACACAAUUCCAGACUUCCGUUGGCAGAUUCGAGACAAAAGAACUACGCUUGGGAAACAAGACAGAAGUACAGUCCUCUGUCUGCGGAGUAUGACGGCUAUAGUAGUGAGGCAUCGAUAGAUGAAGGAAACUGCAUUCAGAGAAUGAGAAGAACACCCCCACUGGAUGAAUUGCAGCCACCACCAUAUCAGGAUGACAGUGGUUCUCCCCAUCUCUCAUGUACGCCCUCAGAAAUUGGGGACAGUAAAUGUGAAUUUUCCCACUGCAGCAACAGUCCACGAUGCUCAUAUAACAAGUGCCCAAGUGAAGGAAGCACAGGUCACGAAAUAGAAAGUUUUCAUAAUAAAGGAUAUGAAGAAGACGUUCCAAGUGACAGCACUGCAGUCCUGAGCCCAGAAGAUAUGUCAGCUCAAGGAUCAUCUUCACAGCUUCCCAAACCUUUUGAUCCUGAGCCAGAAGCUAAAUAUGGCACAUUGGAUGUGACUUUUGACUAUGACUCACAAGAACAGAAGCUUCUGGUAACAGUGACAGCUGUCACCGAUAUCCCAACAUAUAACAGGACAGGUGGCAACUCAUGGCAAGUACACCUUGUUCUUCUACCUAUAAAGAAGCAGAGAGCAAAAACCAGCAUCCAGAGAGGACCAUGCCCUGUCUUCACAGAGACAUUCAAGUUCAAUCAUGUUGAAUCCGAGAUGAUUGGAAAUUACGCAGUUCGGUUUAGACUGUAUGGUGUGCACCGUAUGAAAAAGGAAAAGAUUGUGGGGGAAAAGAUUUUUUAUUUGACGAAAUUGAAUCUUCAAGGGAAAAUGUCACUACCUGUGAUAUUGGAACCUUCUUACAAUCAUUCUGGCUGUGACUCCCAAAUGAGCAUGUCAGAAAUGUCCUGUAGCGAAAGUACAUCCUCAUGCCAGUCUCUUGAACAUGGCUCCGUUCCAGAAAUCCUCAUUGGCCUGCUUUACAAUGCCACAACUGGCAGACUAUCAGCAGAAGUGAUAAAAGGCAGCCACUUCAAAAACUUGGCAGCAAACAGACCACCCAAUACGUAUGUUAAAUUAACUCUCCUGAAUUCCAUGGGUCAAGAGAUGUCCAAAUGCAAGACAUCCAUCCGCAGAGGGCAGCCUAAUCCAGUAUACAAGGAAACAUUUGUUUUUCAAGUGGCCCUGUUUCAACUUUCUGAUGUGACACUCAUACUGUCUGUGUAUAACAAACGCAGCAUGAAAAGGAAAGAGAUGAUAGGCUGGAUUUCUUUAGGUCUGAACAGCUCUGGAGAAGAGGAGCUCAAUCACUGGACUGAAAUGAAAGAGUCGAAGGGACAGCAAGUGUGUAGAUGGCAUGCGUUACUAGAGUCAUGAUGAAUAGGAUAAACAAGCAAUUACAGUCCAAGGCAGCAUUAUUUCUGAUUGCAGCAUUACUGUUUUUACCUAGUCACCAUUAGAAGAGCUGUUUUUUGAAGCGUCAUCCUCAACCUUCUACCAGAAUGCUUUAAAUUGUGUGGAAAGAGCGUCUAAUCCUGACAUAAAGGAAGAAAAGAUGUGUCUCUGGUAGAGCUUGUUUGGGGAAUGAGAAACUUACAUCAUCACAGUUAACAGUUCUCCAGAGUUUUAAGAACAUGCUUUUGGUUUGAAGUUAAUUUCACUUUAGCAAAGAGCCAGGACUUUCAUGAAAAAUCAAAAUUGUAACCGAUUUUUUAAAAUCAGAAUCCUUAGUUGCAACACUGUUGUAGUGUCCUCUCCCCACCGCCGCCCCCGCCCCCGCAAACGCUAACCAGGAAACACGUAUUUUGACUGGCUUGUCCCUGGGGUUGGUAAUGUUCUUUAAUCUGAAGAAGUACAUCUCCGGCUCUGUCAUGAGGCAUAUCUAACGGCAAAGGGUUUCAAUUACAUAGAAAACACUUUCAUUUCAGAUAUUUUUCCUUUGUGCACUUAGUUUCCUUGUGCCUCAGUUCUUCUUAAUAGCACUAAAUCUUAAGUGCAAGCGAGUCUUCAUUUUCAUAAAGGAAUUUUUUUUAUAUGUCACUUUGGAA